AUGCCAUGCUCUUGUCAAGAAAAAUCCUCCAUUAAACCCCAUAUAUACCUUGAUAUUUCCUACAAUCUUGUACUCAAGACACUCCUAGCUUUCCUUAAUUCAUUAAAAGAAAGAAGCAAAAUGGCUAGAACUAGCAGUUCUAGCACUUCCUUUUCUUCUUACAUGGUCUCUGUUACAUUAGCUUUGCUUUUGAUCUACACAAGUAGCUCCUCAGCUCACCUCUCUACAGACUUUUAUGAUAAAAGUUGCCCACAACUCUUCGGAACAGUGAAAUCUGUUGUUCAAUCUGCAAUAGCGAAAGAACGCCGGAUGGGUGCUUCUCUUGUUCGUUUGUUCUUUCAUGAUUGUUUUGUCAAAGGUUGUGAUGCGUCUAUACUUCUGGAAGACACUGCCACUUUCAAGGGAGAACAAGGUGCAGGUCCAAAUAAUAAUUCUGUGAGGGGAUACAAUGUCGUCGCCAAAAUCAAGUCUAAGUUGGAGAAAGUCUGUCCAGGUAUAGUUUCAUGUGCUGAUAUCGUGGUCAUUGCUGCCCGUGAUUCCACUGUUCUUCUUGGAGGUCCAUAUUGGAAGGUAAAACUUGGACGGAGAGAUUCAAAGACAGCUAACAUGAAUGCUGCCAGUAAGAGCCUCCCUUCUGACACUUCAACUGUUAGCCAACUCAUCAAACGAUUUAAAUCUAAAGGCCUCUCUGCUACGGACAUGGUUGCCUUAUCAGGAUCCCACACAAUUGGGCAAACUAAGUGCAAGACUUUUAGAGCUCGAAUAUACAACGAGACCAAUAUUGACAAAUCAUUUGCUACCAUGAGGCAAAAGAUGUGCCCGCUCACUACAGGAGAUGACAAUUUGGCACCUCUAGAUUUCCAAACUCCUAAUGUCUUUGACAAUAAUUAUUACAAAAACCUCAUCCACAAAAAGGGUCUCCUCCACUCUGAUCAAGUGCUGUUCAGUGGUGAAUCUACUGAUUCGUUGGUUAGAACUUACAGUAAUAAUCCUGAUAUCUUCUUUUCUGACUUUGCUGCAGCAAUGGUUAAGAUGGGAGAUAUAGAUCCCCGUACUGGAACUCGCGGUGAAAUUAGAAAGAAAUGUAGCUGUCCAAAUUAAACUAGAGUGGAGCUACAUCUUUCCUUCUCUUAGUUUGUAUAAUUGAAAUACUAAUUCUUCUUCUUCUUCUUCUUCUUUUUUAUUUUUGUGUGUGUUUGUCUUGCUAAGAGUUGGAGCAGCUUGAUAAAAAAUAGGAAUGUCUAAGUAUGUUUUUAUUAGUGUUUAUGCUCAAAUAUUGCUAUCAUGAAUAAGAGAUCCGAGCAGAUCAUUUUUAUUGGAGUUGAUAA